GUUUUCAUCAAUUGAAUUUUCUCAUAUAAAUGAUAAUAAUAUUUUGACUACGCCUUAUAUAAAUGCAUUAAAUUUUUUUGAAAUAAUCAAAUAGUUUUGCCCAUAGUGCGAAGAAAUGAAAUGCAUGUGUUUAUUAGUUAUACUAGUUGUUUCAUCUCAAUUUAUAACGAUAAUUGAAAGUAAUAAGAAGGAUGAGGAAAUAAAGUCACUUGCUUCAUCUAGUAGCAGUUCAAAGAACACUUCAAUACAAGCAAAACGAUACUCUUAUGAUGACUCAUCAAUGAGGCAAGUUGGAUUAAAGGGAAGAAAAUCUUCAGACUUAUUAAGAAGAGGUAAGGAAUCAGUUAAAAUGAAUAAGAAACGUUUCACUUAUAACUAUUUUGCACAUAAACUUGGUUCAGUUUAUCAGCGAGAAAAGUUUUUAAAAUUAGGAGAUGGUGUGAAAAAUAAAAGAUAUUCAGAAACUACUGAUUUCAGAAUACGUGGGGGAACAGAUAGACAUGGUCGUCGAAAAGGUUACUCACAUUUUAGAACAUAUGGAAAAUCUAAUGUUUAUCGUGGUAAAAACGUUUUUGACACUUUUGAUUUAUUCGGUAACAAGUAUUCAAAAAGCAAUUUUAGACUCAAAGAUUCAUCAAAACAGGAUUAUAACUUACAGCUAUCGACUUUGAAAGCUAAUAACCAUAGUGAACCCUACGGAAUGAACUCAUCGUCACUUUCUUCAAUAAAGAAAGAAGGGUAAGAUCAAGAAGAUAGUAAACUUACUGCAAUCAACCAGUUCUGUUUUAUAACGCGUUAAGUCUUAUUCCUUUGUAUACAACCAACGUAUUUUAUAUUCAAAGAACUACUGGAGAUAACUCUUCAACUCUGUUGUUACUGUUAUUAUUAACAACAAAUAUUUUCAAAACAAUAUUAUAUGCGGAUAUAUUUUUCUUUAAACCAAACUUUUGUCACUUUUAUGCACAGAGGUAUAAUUUUUAAGAAAAUUAAUAGAGGACCGAAAAUAAAAGGGUUCAAGUUUACUACAUGCUUCCCAGUUCCUUUUGUGUUUGGUUACGUAACAGAAAGCCUAAUUCGUGACAAGAAUUCAAUAAGAACUACACAUUGGCGAUGUCAUUUAUUUUUGUGAGGCAUACACCCAGCAAAAAACAACGGCAACUGACAAACUCCUCUCUAAAUUUCUCCAAUGUUUCAGAUACACUCCAUAACCAUAAUCUAAGAAGUUAUGACUCUCAUCCAACCGGCCAGUUUAUCAUGUCACCACUGUUCAGGGAAGUCUUGAAAGCGCCUAUUAACUCAUUGGCAAAAAAAUCAAGGAGCCUUUUAUACCCGUCAGUUAGCAUAAGGUCAUUGAUAACAUCUUGCACGGCUGCAUUUAUUAUUGUUGAUUUUCUUUACGUACACUAUGGUAAACGGUUGAAUAAUCAGAAUUUUUUUAAUA